AUGUCGUCAUCCCCGCACUCACGACCCAUCAAGCGAUUGUUGGUCGCCAACAGAGGAGAAAUCGCCGUCCGCAUCCUCCACGCAGCACGAGAACUACCCUCCCCAAUCGAGACAUUCGCCCUUUACACAACAGACGACCGAUCGCACUGCGAUCUCGGCCGUCCGCGCCAUACACUCCAAAUUCCAUCAGCAUCCUUUUACCUCGACAUCUCCUACCUGAUCGAACUAGCCAAGACACACUCCAUCGACGCCGUGCACCCGGGAUAUGGCUUCCUCAGCGAGAGCGCCGAGUUCGCGUACCGCAUGUGGCACGAAGCUGGGUCGAUCGUUAUCGGCCCCGGAUGGGAGAACCUCGCGCGAACGGGCGAUAAAUUGCAAGCCAAGCAGCUAGCGCAGAAAUGCGGUGUUCCCGUGCUAGAGGCCAUGAGUCGACCUACUGGCAAUCUGGACGAGGCACGGGCGUUUGCGAGGCAGGUUGGGUUCCCUGUGAUGAUUAAGGCUGUUGAUGGUGGGGGUGGGAGAGGAAUUCGUCUCGUUCGGGAGGAGGGUGAGCUGGAGAAUAGUCUUCAGCGGGCGAUUGGGGAAUCGCCGUCGAGAUCUGUGUUUGUUGAGAAGGCUGCCGUGGAUGGGUUCCAUCAUGUUGAGGUUCAGAUUAUCGGUGAUGGGACGGGUCGGGUGAGACACCUGUGGGAGAGAGAUUGCAGUGCUCAGCGGAGGUUUCAGAAGGUGGUUGAGUGUGCCCCGGCCUUGGUGAAUGAUAGAGGGUUGGUUGGUCGGGUUAUUGAGUCUGCGCUCAGGAUGGCAACUGAGGUUUGCUAUCGAUCGUUGGGAACGUUUGAGUUUCUGGUGAGUGAGCAGGCCGGGGAGUUCUAUUUCUUAGAAGUCAAUCCGCGUCUGCAGGUUGAACACACCAUUACAGAAUCUAUCAGUGGGAUAGACUUGGUGCAGACACAGCUUCUGCUGGCGCAGGGAUAUACAUUACGUGAGUUGGGGCUUGGUGUUGAAGUCAGCGCAAACCACCCUCCACCAAAUGCCUUCUCGAUCCAACUUCGACUGUGUGCUGAGGAUCCGAGCAACGGCUUCUCCCUAAGCAUAGGCAAGGUGACUGCGUUUACCGUGCCCACCGGCCACGGAAUUCGGGUAGACACCAAUGUCGAUGUCUCUGGUCCGGGGCUGGUUGUAGGGUCCAAUUUCGACAAUCUACUAGCUAAGAUCAUUGUGACCGCACCUACCUGGGAAGCAACUGUCAGAAAGGUCCAGCGGGUGCUGGCUGAUUCGAAGAUUGACGGCGUGAAAACCAACAUCGGCCUUCUACGAGGAAUCGUAGCCCAUCGUGAUUUCAUGACCGGCAAAGUCGACACACAAUGGCUAGGAUUAAAUCUCGAGACCCUCAUCCAGAAAGGAGAAAGGAUCUCAAAGAGUCUCCAGGCAUCCAAUGGCCCGUCCCGUUCUUCGCAGCAAGCGAUGUCCCAGACUGUGCUGCCAGCAUCCAAUCUCCUAUUCCGGAAAGGAGACGCAUGGUCAAUCACCCUAGAACCUCUCUCGGAAGAUGGACUGCAAUCAGACCAAGUCGCCCACCACCUACGCCUUUCCCGGGUGUUACGCAAUGAAUUCCCUCACUCCCUCGCUGCUGAAAUUGAAUAUACAACUCCAACUUCGCAAGGCGCAAUGCCCUACCGCAUGCAACUUGAGACGACUACGACUGCCGCGUCGGCAUUGGUAUCCUCGUCGCAUCGCCGAGGUGACCCAACGAACCCUCAACACAUCAUCCUGCCUCUGUCUGGCAAGUUGAUGGAGAUGCUGGUGUCGGAAGGACAGGAUGUCGUCGAGAACCAGGUUCUGGCUUUCAUCAAGCAGAUGAAGAUGGAGCUCGAGGUGCGGAGUCCUCGGAGUGGAAGGGUCAAGUGGGUCCAUGUGAUGGAGGAUGAAGAUGAAGAUGUUGCUGAAGGCAUGCUGUUGGUUGAGUUGGAGGCAAGCAAUGGCAACGUGGAAGUGCGAGGGAGGUUGUGA